CUCGGAAGUAUUGAUUACUCUAUUCAUAACACCUAUGGUCAAAUUCCGAUUCUACCAAUAAAAAGAAUAUAUUAUUUUGCCCUUUUUAUAGAUCACGACGCUCCAAAAUAUACAAUGACAACAUUGUAAACAUAUAAACAUCAUUCCCAAUUAAAUUUUAACAUUACUGCGCUACUUGAACUUGGGAUCUCUGCUUGCAUCUUUACAAACUUAUCCGUUCACUUUCGAAACUCAAAGCUUAUAAAUUUCGAUCUUACUGCUACGCCACAAAGUAAGUUUUCUGAUAGCAUUUGAGGAUGUUUGAAGAAAUAACUGCAAAGAUAAUGUUGUUAGAAUUCGUGAGCACGUUUUUUUAGACGACUUUUGAAGAUGUAUAUAAACCAAAUGUGGUGCGUUUUGUACCAUCAGUAUCUGGGAUUCGCUCAUUGGAGCUGGUUCGGGAGUUAGUUCGGCACAAGAGAUGAAUUUGUUAAUAGUAGCCGCGUUGGCCGCGGUUUGCGGCGCAGCCAAGCUCGACCGCACUUACUUGCCUCCUGCAUCAGCCAGGACUGCUGGAGGCAGUGAAGCAUCACUGCAGACUCCUAACUCCUUCAGCCAGAACUCUGUUCCUAAAGGAAGCUACACCAAUGACUUCCAGGGCGUGGUUGUCGACGCUGCCCUUGCAGGAACCAGAGGCGCCUCAGGAUCUGAAGAAACCGGCCUCGGCUCUCCCCGUAACGCCUACGGUUCCACUGCCUCCAAAGUAGGCGAAGCUGCCUUCCGAGGCGCCCAGGCUGCCUUCAGGUUCCCUCAAGGCUUCGGUCCUAACUCCGCAUUCGCUUCCCAAACUUCACAAGAUUCCGAGUUUGAAGCCAGAGAGUCACCUGAUGGUGUAGACGUUUCUGGAGAGUCUCAAUUUGUAGAUUCAAGACCAGAGCGUCCUCAGGCGGCUCAGGAACGCGGUGCCAACACUUUGAGGUUCGACAGCGAAGUUGGCGUUGAGAGUUUCAACUACGCCUUUGAAACUGACAAUGGGAUUUCUGCUGAAGAGACUGGAACAGCAACCAACGGCGUCCAAGCUCAGGGCGGUUACUCCUACACUGGCGAUGACGGGAAAGUGUACACGGUGACGUACACAGCCGACGAGGGCGGGUACCAGCCCAGGGGUGACCACCUGCCGACCCCACCGCCGAUUCCGGAGGAGAUCCUGAAGUCUCUGGAGCAGAACGCCAGGGAUGAGGCCAACGGUGUUGUAGAUGAUGGCUUAUACGAUGCUCAGAAGUACAAUGCGGGAGGCGAUUACGCGGAAAGUGACAGCGCUAAUGGUAAACAGAAUGACGGGCCAUCAGCCGGUACUCGGAACACCGACGUCGAUGCAAGCGGCACAUUCAUUAAUCAGAACAUUCAGAACGAGCCUUUCAACCCCAACAGACAAGGCGGUGACAAAACAGUGAACCAGUUCACAAGCUUCCAAAACAAUGCUGACAACAGAGUUGGAUCGAGAAACGAGUACUUGCCACCCUUCCAACAGACACCACAAAGGCAACAAAACUCUAGCCCGGAUAGUUCAGAUGCUGAUUCAUCCUCAAGCUUCCAACACGGAUCGACUGAGGGCUCUGGUAAUUUCCAUUCUCAAUCUCAACAGAACCGACCAACCUCUCAAUCUUUCGAUUCAAAACCCACCACUAACCAAUUCAACGGCUUCAAACAAAGCACCAAUGGAAAUCAGGUCAACCAAAAUGGAAACCGCUUAUCUUCCCAAAGCAAUAGGCAGCAGUUUGGAUCCGCGGCAAACGCUGCCUCCGAUAAGGGGCGUAACCAGUUCUCAGCCCACGCUUCAGCCUCUUUUAACUCUCAACAUGCAACUUCUGUCCCUGAUACUGAACUGACUACACCUUUUGAAACAAGUCCCCAAGAUGCUCAGUCAGCUCAAUCUUCUGCGCCUUCUAUCAACGCAUUUGGCUUCAAUAACCAGCCUAGUCACAACGGACAGUCGCAUUUUACGUCACAAAACUCACAUCUUCAGACUUCCCAGGCUCCUGCUCAACCGACAAUUCCAUCUUUCCCUCAGUCUAGACCUCAAAACUCUAAUAACGUUCCAGUUGGUGGAAAUAGGAAUACUCAAUCAGGAUUCUCUACCCAAGCACCCCGUCAGCAAGAACAGUUCACCAAACAGACUGCUUUUGGUAGCAAGCGCCCUCAAUUUUCUCAAAACCAAUUCUCUCAAAACGCUGAUAACCAAUUCUCUCCCAGCACUCAGAGACCUCAAUUCGCCCAACAAGCUACCGGUCAAGAUGAUUCUUAUUACUACAAUCAGCCUUCUAGAAUUUUUAAUUCGCCCCAGUCACCCUCGAGGUUUUCAAGCGCGCCAGCUAAUCAGUUUGAUAGAGUAACCCAACGGCCAUCGUCUUCCCAAGCUCCCCAAGAAGAAGAAAACUAUCCUUCAACUGCUUUCCCAUCGCAAAACGGUCAGCGUCAAGGUCCAUCUAGGGGACCUUCGUUCCCCACUCAAUCGACUCCGUCAGAUAACCAGUUCCAGAGUAACGGUAUUGCUUCGGCUACCAAUGGGAUCACACAAGCGUCCGCCUCUCCUUUCACUGCUCCUACAUCAGCUCCUAGUUUCAGCGGUCAGCAUUCGAGCCACUCCAGGCAACAAUUGCAACAUUCAUCCUUCCAAUCAAGCCGUCCUUCUUCACCUGAGCCCAGCAAGCCUUCCUUCAGUGCGCAAUCCACAUCACCAUCACAGUCCAGCGGAGCUCUAUCGAACCAAUUUGAAAAACAGAACUUCGAGUCGGCUAAGCCUUUGAGCCAGCAGCCAUUGCAACAAGUGAAAGAGAUCAAGCUUGAUGACGAUACCAAACCAGAAGCGCCUGUAACGAACCUGCAGUACAAUGGAGAGGUUUACGAAUACACCAAGCCAGCGGAGAUGCUGCCGCCUCCAGAAAAUGGCUUCGGACAGUUCGGAACUAAAUUGCCAAGCGCUCAGAAACCUGCAGAACCGCAACCCCAAUUUGGACAGACUGCUUCAGCUCAAGUUACUUCGCAACCCCAUUUUGGACAGUCUACGACUUCAGCUCAAGCUACCUCUCAAACUUUUGCUCCCCAAUCUACUCAGUUCAGUCAAAGUGCUAAGGCUCAACAAGGCAAUCAAUUCGGAUCUCGACCUCAAUUUGGACAGUCUACCACUUCAGCUCAAGCUACCUCUCAAACUUUUGCUCCCCAAUCUACUCAGUUCAGUCAAAGUGCUAAGGCUCAACAAGGCAAUCAAUUCGGAUCUCGACCUCAAUUUGGGCAGUCUACCACUUCAGCUCAAAUUACCUCUCAAACUUUUGCUCCCCAUUCUACUCAGUUCAGUCAAAGCGCUAAGGCUCAACAAGGCAAUCAACUCGGAUCUCGACCUCAAUUUGGACAGUCUACCGCUUCAGCUGAAGCAUCAUCGAAGCCUUUUGCGCCUCAACCUACUCAGUUCAGUCAAAGUUCACAGGGCAAAUUCGGAUCCCAGCCUCAAUUUGGACAGUCUGCGACUUCAUCUCAACAGGCAACAUCUGUAUCGUUCGCUCCUCAACCUACCCAGUUCAGUCAAAGCGGCAAGAUUUCACAAGGCAACCAAUUCGGAUCCCGACCUCAAUUCGGACAGUCUACAACUUCAUCUCAACAGACUACAUCUGAUUCAUUCGCUCCUCAACCCACCCAGUUCAGUCAAAGCGCAACAGACCAGCAGAAUACCUUCGGAUCCCGUCCCCAAUUUGGUCAGGUACACUCACAGUCCCAACAAUCAACAUCUUUUGAUUCAAAGCCUCAAUUUGGUCAAGCUACUCAAACUGAUCAGUUCAGCGCUCAAACUCAGGAAUCCAGUGCUAAACCAUCGAAACAGUUCAACCAAGCGCAUCAAACUGAACAGCAUAGCAAUCAAUUCCAGCGUAGACCAUCUCAAGGAAGCUUCGCUUCCGCUGAGACUCCCAAGCCUUUUGGUCAAGAAAAUACGAGUACAUGUUGCCAAGAUGCGUUCGGUCAGCAACCCAGCUUCGGCAAGCCUAGUCAGGAUAGUUCCAUUGCUUCGACUUUCCAAAGCAACUCAGCAUUCAAACCAGCGCAGAGUUCGUCAGUCGCCGGAAAAGGAGAAGUUUUUGAUGGCCCCAGAGCGCCACCUAGCUUUGAUGAAACGGGUUACCAUUAUUAAUUUAGAAUAAGUGCCAUAGAAUUAUACGCUCUAGUUUUGAACGUC